GCAGGGGGCGAGCUCUCGGGCUGCCGUCGGUGGCCCUGGGCUUCCGGGUCCUCAGGUUCUGAGAGGACACAAAGGACGCCGGGCCCUCCUGAGGGCAGGGUUCUGGGCGGCCGAGGAGCGGCCCCGCGUCCCGAUCCUGGGCCCGCGCGGCUUGCGGUCUGGGCGCCUCGGUGCGGCGGGUAGCCCUCGGGGGGCGUCGCGUCACGAUCGUCUGCGACGGACGCUCCCGGCCCGGCGGGGACACCGGCGACACCUUCUCCGGCCAGCGGAGACAUCGGGACCGGGCGACACCCCCUGACAGGCGGGGACACUGAGCUGGGCGACACCCCCUGACAGGCGGGGACACUGAGCUGGGCGACACCCCCUGACAGGCGGGGACACUGAGCUGGGCGACACCCUCCCCACAGCAACUAUGAAGUCGAAGAAGACGAAGUCAGAUCCAAAGUCGCCACACUGUGGCCGAUUGCACACAAAGGGCAUCAGAGUCGUGGGCGAGUGGAAAGAAGUGAAGAUUGACCCCAAUGUGUUUGCAGACGGACAAAUGGACGAUUUGGUGUGCUUUGAAGAACUGACCGAUUACCAUUUAGUUUCCACAGCCAAGAAUUCCUCUGGUCUCUUCACAAAGGGGACACCCAAGAAGAGAAAGGCACAGGCCGACGCAGAAGACGGGGAGAGGGAGGGAGAGCCUAGCUCCUCAAAGAAAAAGCUGAAGUUGAAGAAGCGCAAAGCUGAGGAAACUGAAGGAGCAAGUGCUCGGAGUGAGUUUGAGGUCCAAGAUGCUGAGCCCAGUGUGCCAGGAGACAGCGUGCUUUGUCCUCCUCCAGAGGGAGGAGAGUUGACAUCAAAAAGUCUGGCCCAGGCAGUCCCAAAAAAGAAGAAAAAGAAAGGGAAAAAGGUGCAGCCUCCCCAGGAUACGAACCCGAAGGUGCCCAAGAAAGCAAAGACAUGGGUGCCUGAAGCGCGCGACCACAAGGCUGAUGUGUCCGCCUGGAGGGGCCUGUUUGUGCCCAAGCAGGUGCUCAGAGCGCUCAGCUUCCUAGGCUUCUCUGCACCCACCCCAGUCCAAGCACUCACCCUGGCGCCUGCCAUCCGAGACAAACUGGACAUCCUGGGGGCUGCUGAGACAGGAAGCGGGAAAACUCUGGCCUUUGCCAUUCCGAUGAUUCACACGGUGCUGCAGUGGCAGCGGAAGAAGAGCACCCCGACUCCAAGUAACAUUGUGACGUUGCCUGGGGGGACCAGAACCGAGACUGGAGCUGAGAGCGAGUUGCCGAGCAGUACUGGAGCUGAACGCGGCCUUGAGAGUGAGGCCCCGCCGCUGGGCACUGCAGCACCACCCAGCAGGGCCACAGCCGAGAUGGGAGACUCGGUCAUAGAGCAGGUGCUGCCCUUCAAUGACGAUGACCCUGGUGCAGGACCUUCUUCCUCAAGCGGGAAGUCUGUCCCCAAACAAGAAGAGGACCAAGGGGAAGAGCUUGAUGAAGAGCAGACUGGAGAAUUAAAACAAGAGUUGGGCCAAGUCGUCUCCUCUAAAGCACACUCAAAACACCCUCUGCUUGGACUGGUUCUCACUCCCACUCGGGAGCUGGCGGUCCAGGUGAAGCAGCACAUUGACGCUGUGGCGAAGUUCACAGGAAUUAAAACCGCUAUUUUGGUGGGUGGAAUGUCCACACAGAAACAGCAAAGGAUGCUGAACCGCCACCCUGAGAUUGUGGUUGCCACUCCAGGCCGUCUGUGGGAGCUAGUUAAAGAAAAGCACCCUCAUCUGAGCAACCUUCGGCAGCUCAGGUGCCUGGUGAUUGAUGAGGCUGACCGGAUGGUUGAGAAAGGCCACUUUGCUGAGCUCUCACAGCUGCUAGAGAUGCUCGGUGACUCCCAGUACAACCCCAAGAGACAGACGCUUGUUUUUUCUGCUACACUGACCCUGGUGCAUCAAACUCCGGCUCGAAUCCUUCAUAAGAAGCACACUAAGAAAAUCGACAAAACUGCCAAACUUGAUCUCCUCAUGCAGAAGAUUGGCAUGAGAGGCAAGCCCAAGGUGAUCGACCUCACAAGGAGUGAGGCCACGGUGGAAACCCUGACCGAGACCAAGAUCCAUUGUGAGACUGAUGAAAAGGACUUCUACCUGUACUACUUCCUGAUGCAGUACCCGGGCCGAACCUUAGUGUUCGCCAACAGCAUCUCCUGCAUCAAACGCCUCUCCGGCCUCCUCAAAGUCCUGGAUAUUAUGCCUCUGACCCUGCACGCCUGUAUGCACCAGAAACAGAGACUCAGGAACCUUGAGCAGUUUGCCCGGCUAGAAGACUGUGUUCUCCUGGCAACAGAUGUGGCAGCUCGAGGCCUGGAUAUUCCUAAAGUCCAGCAUGUCAUCCAUUACCAGGUCCCUCGCACUUCAGAGAUUUAUGUCCACCGAAGUGGUCGAACUGCUCGUGCUGCCAGUGAAGGCCUAAGCUUGAUGCUGAUUGGGCCUGAGGAUGUGGUCAACUUUAAGAAGAUUUAUAAAACUCUCAAGAAAGAUGAAGAUAUCCCACUGUUCCCAGUAGAGACAAAGUACAUGGAUGCAGUCAAGCAACGAAUCCACUUGGGCCGACAGAUCGAGAAAGCCGAAUAUCGGAACUUCCAGGCUUGUCUGCACAACUCUUGGAUUGAGCAGGCGGCAGCCGCCCUUGAGAUCGAACUGGAAGAGGACAUGUACAAGGGCGCAAAAGCUGACCAGCAGGAAGAACGACGGCGACAAAAACAGAUGAAAGUCUUCAAGAAAGAGCUGCGCCACUUGCUCUCCCAGCCACUGUUCAGAGAUGAGCUGAAGACUAAGUACCCCACUCAGGCAGGCAAGUUGCCUGUGCUUGGAUCUGCCCCGAGAAGCAGCGAGUCUGCUUUGAAUUGCCUCGCCAAACAGAAGAAGAAGAAGAAGAAGCCAAAAGAGCAACACCAGAACCAGCCACAGCCCAGUACAAGUACAGACUGACUGCCCCAGGUCAGUCUCUGUGACCAGUGUGUCUGUGUUCUCUGCUCGGAUGGGAAACUUGCUUCCCUCUGUCCCUUUACUCCAUAAUUAGCUUGGUUGUGACCAUCUUGCUUUCUCCAUUGCCUCUGCAGCAAGCAGCCCAAGUGUUUUUGUGUAAAGGUGUUUGUGAGCUUCCUGUAUGUUUGACUAGAUUUCAUCAAUUAAAAGAUUUUAAAACUAGA